CGUCUGUCGCCCUUCACGCCCCCGGACAACUACGCUGCCGUUUCGCCCGGCGAAAUCUACCGCUGCAGCUACCCCAAGGAAGAGAACUUCGAAUUCCUAAAGACCCUGAAGCUGAAGAGCAUUCUCACCCUGGUCAAAGACGACUGCUCGGAGAAUUAUGCAAAGUUUAUGCAGGACAACGGAAUCAAGCACCAUCGCGUCCACGUCCCCGCGAACAAAGAGACGGUCAAAAUCACGCCCGAAGUCAUGGUCGACGCGCUAAAGGUCGUCCUCGACCGAAGCAACUACCCGCUGCUGAUCCACUGCAACAAGGGCAAGCACCGUACCGGAUGCGUCGUCGCGUGCUUCAAGAAGGUCCUGGGCGAGCCCAUGCGCGCCAUCAAGGACGACUACCACAUCUACGCCGGCGCCAAGGCGCGCCCGCUCGACGAGCAGUUCAUCGACUCGUUUGACGCGCACGCCGUGGCGUGGUUUGCGCGCCUGCAGGGCUGGCUCCUGGACGACGGGCCGCGCUCGCCUGGCCCGCAUCCGCCUCACUCGUCGCAGGCCAAGAAGUCAUGA